AUGACUGUCAAGCAGCAAAGAUCGAAAUCAGCAUUGUCCAAGGGUUACAUCGAUCUCCAAGAUCAGCACUUGCGCAGUAUCAUGGAUGGAAGAAUGGCAAAAUCCGCCACUCGCCAACAAAGAAAGAGCAGUGUCCAUAUGGCGGAAGGACAGAGAUUAGAGCAUAGAUUAGAGCAUUGCCGGUCUUUCUCACAAGGGCACAGUGGAAAGAUGUCCCGUUACUUCACGUUGGAGUCGUUGUUUCUGCUCGUCUGCCUGACGGUGUCGCUGCUGAUACUGCCGCUGGUGCUGCCACCGCUGCCGCCUCCGCCGUUUCUGCUACUGCUGCUUCCCAUCUGCAUUCUGGCCCUCCUCAUGAUUUUGGCCUUCAUGCCUUCUAAUGUCAGGGACACAACUUAUGUGUAA